UCUGAUUUCAAGAAAAUGGCGCCAAGGUUGUCAUUUUCUCAAUAUUUCCUGAUUGUUUUGACCGUAGUUGUCGCCGUGUGCGUAAACCAGCGACCUCCAGAAUUAUCCUCUAAGCUAAAAGAGUGGAGAAAGAGUGGAAGGUACUUCAAUUAUCGUGGAAAUGCUGUAUUCUAUAGAGAUGAUCAAGGAAGCUCAAAGCACCAAGAUUCUGUGGUGUUGUGUAUCCAUGGUUUUCCUACCUCAAGCAUUGACUGGUCUAAGAUAUGGCCAAAGCUAAAAGAGAAGUUUGGUAGAGUAAUAGCAGUCGACAUGUUAGGGCUUGGGUUCAGUGACAAGCCCACAGAGCAUGCCUACACAGUGAUGGACCAGGCGGAUUUACUAGAGGAUCUCCUGGAUCACCUCUCUGUGAGAAAUGUGCAUAUUUUAACUCAUGACCUUGGGGACACAGUGGCACAGGAAAUGCUUGCAAGAUAUGAAGACAGAAUGGAUGACAAGGAAGAGGAUGGCGUUCUAGGGAUAGUGACCCUUUGUUUGUCAAAUGGAGGUAUUUUCCCAGAGACAAAUUAUCCCAGACUAACUCAAAAGCUACUGGUUUUACCAUGGUUUGGCCCAUUUCUUGCAAGGUUCAUGAAUUAUUAUCUGUUCUCCAGAAGUUUUUCAUCAAUAUUUGAUGUUGCCACACAGCCAACAACUGAAGAGCUUCAAGACUUUUGGGCUGUUGUCGCCCAUAAGGAAGGGCAUUUGGUGGUUGCUAAAAUUCUUGAUUAUAUGGAGCAAAGACGAAAGAAUAGAGAGCGUUGGGUGAAAGUCCUGAACACAACCUCAGUACCUGUUCACCUUAUUUAUGGGUCAUCUGACCCUGUCAAUCCUCCUCAAAUGCUGCAAAGAUACAGAGAGAUUGUACCCCGUGGAACGUUCACUCGCCAUCAAGGUGUUGGUCACUAUCCUCAUUGGGAAGAUCCUGUGGGUUUUGCCAACAGCUAUCUGGAUUUUGUGAGUUUGUACAAGGCAUAAGUUUCAAGCCAGAAACAAAAUGAUUAGGAAUCAUCAGAGCUGAAUACUAAAUCAGAAAUUGAAUGGGAUAAAGCUUAUACAGAAAAAGAACUUUUAAGUCUCUUAAAUGUUUCUAGGCAACAGAGAAUUUCUCUUAAUUAAAACAAUAAUAGAUUUAGAAUGUUGAAAUGGGUCAUGGAAUGGGAUUAGUAUGUAUACCGUAUAUAAGAAUUACUUAUCCGUUAACCAGAUCAUUUGAUUCAAAUUGCGGUUUUAUUUGAACAUUCUUACAACACUUUAGUACACAAAGUGAACUAAAACAGUGUAUUUUGUGUGUAGCACAAAACUUGAGUUUUUAUAUGAAACGGCAGAAAUGCACGUCUAAAGUCUUUUUAUUUGUACAAUGCCGCCAUUUUAAGGCAUUCUUUUAAAUAUCAAGUGCUUUGAUGUAUGAAAACUUUGAAUUAUUAUUAAAAUCUGUCUGAUUUCUAUAAGGAAUUUGUCCAUCUUUUUAGUAAAAAAUUGAGAGCAUCUUACAAGUCAUAGCAUGUACAGAUAAGGACAAUCAUAGAAAUACAAUAGAAAUAGUUGUUUCUCAAGUUCAUGCCAUAUAGCAGUAUUUGAAAUUAUUUUAUAGUUGUUUCUCAAGUUCAUGCCAUAUAGCAGUAUUUGUGAAAUUAUUUUAGCAGCUAUUAGUAAUUUCUAUAAUCAAUAUUAAUUUUGUCCUAAUUUUUUUCUAAUAUGUAUAACUUGAGCAUAGAACUGGUGAGAAAAUGCACCAGUUGUCCUGAUUUUCAUGCUGAUUAAUCUUUGUAUGUACAAAACAUUGUGCCUUUUCUUCAAUAUUCUUUGAUAUUUUUGUAAAUUCGAUAUUUUUGUAAAUUUUUGCAAUGAUUUUUUGAUAAACAAUUUGCUGAAGCAUAUUCAAAAAAUAGAAUUAUAAUUGUUGUAAAUUUGUGAUUGCAUAAUAGGCAUAUUCCCAAAUAAGUAGGGAUUAAUAAUUCAUAAAUGUGAUUUUGAUAAACAACCCCAGGGAAGGAAAACCUUAUGGUGUUACUCUGCUAUGCUAGCAAUGAUAUGAAUAAAUGAGAGACUCACUUAUCAUCACAUCAGUUGAUUACUACUCCACACACUUAAACUUAAGUCAAUGUUAUGGCAUUGAAAAGGCAUACAAGAACAGUUUCACUUUCACUACCUCUAUCAAUGACUUCUGCAGCAUGGUAUAUAGUACUGCAUAAUGACCAAUUAUGCUAAUGCAAGGUAAUUCCUUGUACUAGAAACUUGUCCUCACACACACACCCUUAACAAUGAUGAACAACACCAAAUAAUAAACAGAACACUUCUUUUCUCGGUUUAAAUAUUUCCCUUAUAGUUUUUUCCUUCCUGUAUUCUGCUUAGUAUUUCCUAACUAUGUUGAAGCUACAUUUGCUUUCUUAUGAGAGGAAUUGCGAAUAGAAUUCUACCUAAUUUAGGCUAAUUUAUCUAUUUUUGAAGAGCGAGCCUUGAGACGCAUCUUGAGCCGUAUCAGCCCUGAAACAGCUUCUAAUGUGGUGAUUUUGUAUCCAAACAGGGAUGUUGUUGUCCCACUGUAAUAAUAAUAAAAAUAUAAGUUGUAGUUAGUCCCUUGUUCUAAAUUCAGAAUAUAUGAUAAUAAGUGUUUCUCUGAUCUCUGAAUUGGAUCAGUUAAACACGAAGGCGCGGUAUAAAAGGGUGCAUUCAUUGGAAGCAUCGGCUCAUUUGUCAAUCAACCGCCGUGGAGUGAGGAUGAAAUUCAAGAUGGCGGCCCGAGUCAAGUACAAAACACAGAGGGGAGAGGUUUCAAAGCGCUUCCUGAUGUAUAAAAAUGCCAACUCUACCUUCUAGUCCGAUAGAAUGUGUAAAAAAGGAAACUCAGUAGAAGUAAAGCUCAAAAACAACGCAAAAAGGGGCAAACGCAUGAUCGGAAAACAACGAUUUCACCUCGACAAAAGGUGAGUUUUUUAUGCCUAAAAUUUACUUUUCAUAGCUUUAAAACUCAGAAACAGGAUUUAAAUUAGUCAUCAUAAGCUUAUAGGUACUUAAAGUGGCGGGGAAACUCUGUUUUGCUAGAAAAUGCAUCUUGACUUUGUCCACAUAACUGCCGGUAGAAGUAAUGCAGGCCUUCUAUAGAAAAGAUGUUGUUUGUAGAUCAAAUCUUGCUUUCCUCUUGUUUGUUUUUAUUUUUACAUCGCCUCGAGCUCGGACAAGAUUGUUUUCUUGUGUGUGAAGUUUUAUUCUAUCUACAAGCUACUAUAAGUUGUAAUUUAAGUAUAAAUAUGUAAUAAAUGGUGUUUUUUUUAUCAGUUGGGAUCAGUCCAUUAUUUGUAUUCUAAUAAUGUUAACUAAACAGUUUAGUAAAUCUCUGUCUAAAUGAAUUGGGGGCCAAACUUGCAUGUUAAUCUAUUAUAUAAUUUCUAAUCAAUUAUAUGAUUUCAUCCUAGCUAUACCCAAGAAGCAAGUCAUGGUGACAUCUGAAUAAUCAACAAGAUAUAUUCCUUAAGAAAAAGCAGAUACAUAUACAUAUACAGUAUUACAUUUUCCAUGUGAUUUUUAAUCAUAAACAUUCCUUUGUACAGGAAACAUGUUUGUUGCUAUACUGUAAGUUUGAUUGAUGUGUUAGUGAAGUGUAUAAAGCAACCAGUCAUAUUUUAUAAACUGCAUUAUAGAUUAUACUUUUGAAUAAACCAAAAAGCUUUCUCUUUUA